AUGGUGAAUCCUAAGGAGCAUUGCAAAGCAAUCAUGACAAGAAGUGGGUUAGUGCUCCAACAAGUGGAAAAGAAGGUGGGGAAUAAGAAGAAUGAAGAGGAGGUUGUGGUUGAAGAUGUAGUCUCUAAUGAUGGAGUAGAAAAUGUGAAAGGAAAUGAAGAAAAAGAAACAGUGACGGAAGACAAGGAAGAAAAAAAGGUGGUAGUUGAAAAUGAUGUUGUGCCUAAGAAGAUAAUGAAGUGGGAGAAGAAAAAGAUGGCUGACAAGCAGGAGCAGCCAGUAACUUUGUCUCCAUAUGCCAAAGCUUUGGAGAACAUGCCCCACUAUGCCAAAUUCAUGAAAGAUCUCCUUACUAAGAAGAGGAAAUUGAAUGCUGGUGAAACAGUGGCCCUGACAGCAGAAUGUAGUGCCCUGAUUCAGAAGAAACUUCCACCAAAAUUGCAAGAUCCAGGAAGUUUCAGCAUCUCUAUUGCUAUAGGAGAUGUGGAAGUGGGGAAAGCACUCUGUGAUUUGGGAGCCAGCAUAAACCUGAUGCCAUUGACGGUAUGUAGAGCCUUGGGAAUCAACACCCUGAAGGAAACUAAUCUUAUUUUGCAUCUUGCAGAUAGAUCUAUUAAGAAGCCUAAAGGUGUGGUUGAAGAUGUUUUAGUAAAAGUAGAUAAGUUCAUUUUUCCUAUGGAUUUUGUGAUACUUGACAUAGAAGAAGAGGAUACUGAAA